CCUGGAGUUAAAUUGGGAAGAAACAUGUUUUGCUUGUGAAAUCCAUUGUUGAAAUGGUUUGCUUUCUUUCAGCAUAUAGGAUUUUUUCAAGUCAAGCAAGAUGGCUGAGAAUGAGACAUGGGAAUGCCUGUCCCGGGAUCGCUCAGUCGUGGAAAUGGUCAACGUGAUUUUUGAUGACACUAUGCUGACCAGUGUCUUCUGGAUACUGACAUUCAUCACUAUGGUGCUCUUCUUUGGGUUCAUUGAAAACGUCAACUUCUUGUUCAACAGGAUUCCCAACAAAGACAGGAUGAUUAGAAUAAUGUGGAUCCUUGGCAUCUAUCCUGUUUUUGCGUUAACCUCCCUCUUCUCUCUCUACUUCCCGCGUUCCUCUGUCUUUUGCAACCUCACUGCAACUUGUUACUAUGCCCUAGGUGUGUAUUUCUUCAUUGGUCUCAUUGUCUUCUAUUUUGGCGGCUACGAGCACGCUAUCUUGAAGAUCGCCGACACCCGAGUGCCCAUCUUGCCGUUCUGUGGCAAGAAGGUGUCCAUCAAGCUGACUGAAUGGGCUUUCUUGCGGCUGCGUUUCUGUGUCAUCCAGUUCGCCAUGUUCCGCGCUCUGCUGAUGUUCAUUGAGAAUGUGCUGUUUGUCAAUGGAACGUACAGUCUGAGUGUAAUGACGGCAGAAAACGGCUCCAUCGCCAUCUACAGUUUAGUCCUGGUCUCUGGCGGGAUCUUCAUGUGUGCUCUCUACAUUGUCCACAACGCUUCCAAGCCUCUCCUCAAGGGUUUCUACCUGACUCCCAAGUGCCUCUUGCUGUUUGCUGGCUUCCUGAUCAGCGAUGUCCAGAUGGUCAUCAUUGGACUACUGACCACGAAAGACGCCAUCAAGUGUGUCAUGCCGUUUGAUGGACCCAACAGGGCAAAUGGUUGGUACAGUCUGGUGCAGAUUGUGGAGUGCGCCCUCAUCUACCCCAUCGUCAUGAUGUUCUUCAGGACCAGGAAGGGCAACGUGGUGAGUAUGGUGGACAUGGUGAAGAAGGUGACUGCGUCUCAGAAGAAGAAGUCCAUGCUGAAGAGGGGUCCUAGCAAGACCUCGCUCUACAACACGUAUGCCAAUCUGUAGGCAGUGAAGUAUGCAGUAUCUAGAGACCAGAGGGUGUUUCUUAAUCCUUGGCUUCGGCUUCAGCAGAUUGUUAAGACCCACAUCAAUGGAUUGAUGGUUUUAAAAAGAAAACCUGUAGAUCCUUGAUCUUUUCAGGGGGACGGUUGUGGUUAAGAAGUCAAGGAUUUUGCAAGUUGUUGGGGGGAGAGGGGUUAGUGUUUGAGUAAACUCAGAAACCAAAAGCUUUAAGAAAUAAAACUUGACACUGGAAACAGCAUUAUAUACAAUUUUAUCAGGAUAGAAAAUUUGAAUUUUCCCCAGUAAGAACAAAUCAUUAAAAUAGU